AUGGGCGCCAAACAACCCCCCUCCGGCCCGGGCAGACCCGUCUCGGGCAAGAACACUCCCAAUGCCGCGUCCUCCUCCGGCGGCCGGAACGACAACCGACGCGUCAAGGUCCAGGUCGCCCGCAGCAUCCCCGUCGAGCCCGCUCAGUCGGCCCUGCGCGACGGCGAGCUCGACCUGCAGGCGUUUGUGGCCGCGCACGAGUUCGAGGUGCGCGCGCUGGAGCAGGGAAUGGCCACGUCCAAGGCCGUCCGCAGCUCGCAGGCCGACCACGACGCGCGCGCGCCUGCGGGCCGAGACGGCGAGGCGGCUGCGGCUCCUCGCGGCGAGGACCCGGCGGCGAAAGGCGACGGGCGACAAGGGAGGAGGAGGAGGGAAGGACAAGGCGGCACCGCGUCCCAAGAUUCGAAGAAAUCAACUCAACGAACCCCCGAGGCCGCCCGCGCGGUUCCGAAAACGACAGACGCACAAGACCUGGCUGCCGACGCAUCUCUGGCACGCCAAGCGCGCGAGGAUGACCGCCCCGAGCAGCCCCCUGUGGCGGGCGAGCGGGGGACGUUGGUCUGGGAUACGAGCUACAUGAGCACCAUUGGCGUCUACGGCCACGAGGCUGGGCUCUGUCGCGUGCUGAAGCGGAUCGGCUUCACCGACGACGCAUACUGGAACAACAAGGGCAAGAAAUGGAGAGCAGGCACGCGUUCACGCUCCGCCGUCAUCAGCAGGGAUCGCAAGGGACGGCCACGGCCAAUGUGUCCCUGCACGGUCGUGUGGAAUCCCGAACCCGUCGUGCAGGACGAGAACAAGACGCAGCGACAGCUGUUCUUGCGCAUGCAUCCGUCUGCGUUCAAGGAAGUAUUCGACGAGCUGCUUCGACUGAUCAAGAUGGAGACGCCGCGGCUAUACAUCGAAGACCUGCGAUUUGAGAUUGGGAGCAUCGAGCUCACUGGCCCUGCGUCUACGGAGGCGCUGCUGGCGGUGCUUACGCCUCACCCAGCCGCAGAAGGGUCGAGCCGGAAUCAAGGGGCAGUUUUUCAAUCUCUACACGGCCUCACAAACCCGUCGUCGCUGACGGCAAACGCAACCCUGGCAUUUACUGUGCAAGACCCGCGGCUCAGAUACCCACCGAGGCGACUUGAAGGCUGGGACGACGACAGACUACAGGAGAAGCUCAUGGAAUCUAUAACAAGCUGGCCUGUCGAUUGCGAACUGGACCGAAAUCUACUCUUCGACAGGAAUGCCCGGCACAGGGCUUCCGGGCUGCCCACGCAGCAGGCCAUCUACAAGCGGCGGAGCGGCACCACGCCAGGUGGUCUCAUCGAGCCAGGCACAGGUGAUCCAGAGAUACCCAUCACCCUGCUGGCCGCGCGAUCCUCUUCCGCAACGCAGACGCAGGGGUCCUGGACCCUGAUGCUGCCGUGGAAGUGCGUGCUGCCCGUGUGGCACAGCCUGGUGCAUUGCCCGCUGAUAUCCGGCGGCAACCCGCGCUUCGCGGGCGUCGACGAGGCCAUGCAGGUGGCCUUUGAGCGCGGCGUGCCCUGGUUCCCCGCCGACUACCCGGGCACCGACGCGGGCGCCGGCUGGGAGCUCGCGCAGCGCGCCAAGCGCAGGAAGGACUACGACAGGCGGCCGAAGAGCAAGAGGACCGAGUGGGCGUCGCUGGACCUGGGCAUCGGCCGCAAGGGGGAGGUCGGGGACGGUCUGGCGUGUGACUUUGAGCUCCUCUUUAGCCUGAAGCCUGAGGGCGGAAAUGACAAAGGUGCAGCGGGACCAGAGGGGGAUGCGAUGGAGGGCGUUGAGAUGACAGUGCAGGCACCAAGUCCACCGAGGGAUGUGGAUUGCCUCGGGCUCUUGAACCAAUUCUCGAGAGCAGACAUGCAGGCUCAUCUUACCUCGACAAUGCUGCAACCUCUACCAGAUAAUGCGAUUGCGAGCGUCCGCAUUACCAUGCUUGGUCGGGGGGUAGCCAAGAGCUGCGCCCGGAUAUACCGCUUGCCGAGACCCUGCACGGCGGCGCCGGAACCAUCCAGCGUACAAGUUCCCUCGACCGUUCCAGACGGCGCGACGGAGACACCCCACGCACUGCCCUCCAAGUUACGAGCGCAGUGGCUCGCCAAAAUGCCGACAGAGUCCCCGGCGUCAAAGAAGGCACCUUGUAGGUCCGAUGAAAUGUACAUGCAUCACCGGAAGCGCCUGCUCGCCCAGACACUGACGGCGCCGCCCGGUACGGCAGCGGCGGCCGAGGCCACCAGCAACCACCCGCUGGUGCCGGACGCCGCGGACCUCGUCGGUUUCGUGACCUCGGGCGCGUACAACAUGGCCCGCGGACGGGGCACGGCGGUGGGCGCGGUGUCGGUGGAAAAGGUGCUGCUGGAUCUGCGCGCCACGCCCAAGGAGGCGAGGCUGUGCAUCGUGCGGAACGCGGGUGAGAAUGUGGGCUGGCUGGCGCGGUGGGAGCAUGGAUAA